AUGGAGCACUCCGUAUCGAGUCGCUCUCCCAGCGGGCAGUGGUACCCGCAGCAGCAGCAGGCACCAGCCUUCCACAGAAACAGUUCCCAGCAGCAGCUGCAGUGGAGCCCCGUGUCGGGCACAGCGACACCGAUGGUGAUGGUGGGCGGCGGCGGCCAGUCCACCGCGGUGCCCGUCGGCACUGGCUCUGCCAUGCUGGGCAACUCGGGCAUGCUCAGCAGCGCCUCGGGGAACCUUUGUGGGCAGCCGCACAUGCACUCUGGCAUGACACCACACCAGCAGAUGAUGAUUAUGCAGAGCAUGUACACGCCGCAGAGCCAGUGUUGUGCUCCCUGCUGCGGCACGCAAGAGUGUGGUUUCUGCCCGCGGCCUGGCGAGCCAGUCGACCCGUUCUGCUGCACGCCAAGGCGGCCGGAUCAGGAGCCGAGAUGGUGGGAGAGUGUCUACAAGUACUUUGACUGGACCUUCUUCCUCGCCUGCAUCCUGUGCGUGCUCACGAUCGUGGGGUUUGCGAUGGUGAUAGUGACCAGGAAUCAGGACAACAUCUUCGCCGCUUUCGGUGUCCACAACGCCACCGAUCUUGACAAAGCAAUGAAGCCGUACAUCCGCUGGAAGAAAAACUCAGAGAUCUUGCUAGACGGCAGCAAUGGCACCUCCUCGGUCCUCGUGGAGGCAGUCGAGACGACCCUCUUUACCGCAGCGAAGGACGCCAUGGGCGCCAAGGUGUUGGAGUCGAGCUUCCCUGCGCCAACCACGGUCCCGGCGUGCAAGUGCACACUGCGCAAGCUGUUUGGCAGCUUUGGUGAGCUAUGUAUGGAGGGCAACAUGAACGCGAACACGUUCGCCGUGCAGCUGAGUUUCUGGAACGACUCGCGCGACACGCUGUGGAUCCUGGCGAUGGUGUACAGCAUCUUAACGGUGUUGUACGCGGUGCUGCUCAAUGUGCGCCGGAAUGCGUCGGGUGCCAGCAUAGAAGGCGCGCGCGGGUCGUCGUUCAUGCUGCCGUCCAUCACACCACAGCAGCAAGAGGAAUUCGUGAAGAUGACGCCACAGCAGCAGCAGGCCUUCAUCCAGGAGUUCCAGCAGCAGGUGGCGACGGUGCAGCAGCAGAACCCUUCCGCCGUGUUCCCGUCGCAGCAGCCGCCAGGCGUUGGCUGCUGCGGCUCCAACAGGGGCAUCGAGUUCUACGAGACGCCCUUCUACGAAUUUGUGCGCUUCGCGUGGCUGUUCUCGGGGCUCACAGCGUUCGCGUGGACGUGCAACCUCUUUAUAUCCUUCUGGUCCUUCGCCUACUUCUACAUUCGUGAAACCACGGGCCCGCUGAACACCUUCUGGACCGUCUACACGCGCAAGAUGGAGGCCACUCUCAUCGUUGUGACCGUCUUCCUCGCGUGGCCGCUCUGCAACUUCGUGCUGGAGCUGGUCGUCUUGGUCGCCCUGGUGCUCCCGUGGCUCGUCAUCCGCUCCACUUGGAAGCGGGGCAUUCAGAUGUACCGUCCAGCCCUGCCGCCCUCGCAGCUGCCCGCCUACAUUCGCGCCGACAUGUUCUUCAUGGACUUCCAGGAUGUCAAGCGGCUUGGGUUUUCACGACAGGCGUGGAUCAUACUGACCAACUCCGAGCAGCCCUUCUUCGAAGGCUGUGAGGACCCCACGGUCGACAAGGAUCCCGCCAUGACGCAGCUGAUGCAGCAACGCAUGCAGUGGCGGCAGAUGAUGGCAUCCAUGCUGCCUCCCUGGAUACAGCAGCAGCAGCAGCAGCAGAUGUCUGUGAUGAGCCCCGGUGGCGCAGGCAUGAUGAUGUCAGGGCAGGUGGCACCACAGCAACGGCCGUUUGACUUCGGUGGGGCGGCGACCCCGCCGGCCACCUCGCUGAUGCAGGCACCGGGGCAGUACCCUGUCGAGGAUGGCGAGCACAGAUCUCACAAGCGCCGCCGCCAUCACAGCACGCACGAUCACCGGCACACCGAUCCCCUAGGGGCGGCGUCGAUAGAGCAGACAUCGGCGGGCCUCGGUGCAACCGGGAAGGAAAACUCGACCCGCCACCGUCACCGUCGUCACAGCCACCACCGCAGCCACAGCCGCAGCAGAAGCAGGGGUGUCUUCGACGGUGGCGUGUCGCAGCCGCCGGUCUCCGAGGCUGCCGUGGAAAACGGUGCCGGCCCCACCGCUGAUGGGGCACCCCGGCGUCGCCGUCGUCAUAGCCACAGCCGCAGCCACAGCCGCAGUCACAGCAGGGCCGCCGCUGGCGAUGACCCGAGUGCGUUGGCUGUUGCUGCGCCCCGCAGCACGGGUGACGCGGUGCAGAACGGUGUGGCGGCGGCAGCGGCGGCGACGGCCGACUUAGACGCCAUCAUGCAGCUGUAG